CCAUUUUUAUUUGCAGCGAAUGGUCUCUGGCUUCUCGUCGGUCUGUGUUGAUGCAUCAGUCGUGUUUGCUGUGAAUUUAUCGUUUAAAAUAUGGCGAAUUUAGCAGUUGCUGCGGCUGCAGCUGCUGCUGCCAGAGACCCUGCCGUUGACCGCUCGUUACGGUCAGUUUUCGUGGGAAACAUCCCAUAUGAGGCCACAGAGGAGCAGCUGAAAGACAUCUUCUCAGAGGUUGGACUUGUCGUCAGUUUUAGGCUGGUGUAUGACAGAGAAACAGGGAAACCGAAGGGGUAUGGCUUUUGUGAGUACCAGGAUCAGGAGACGGCACUUAGUGCCAUGCGAAACCUCAACGGGCGAGAGUUCAGCGGCAGAGCCCUUCGUGUUGACAACGCUGCCAGUGAGAAGAACAAAGAGGAGCUCAAAAGUUUGGGCACUGGAGCUCCAAUCAUAGAGUCCCCUUAUGGAGAUGGAUGUAUGCCAGAAGAAGCCCCAGAGUCCAUCAGCAGAGCAGUGGCCAGCCUGCCUCCAGAGCAGAUGUUUGAGCUCAUGAAGCAGAUGAAGCUAUGUGUGCAGAACAGUCCUCAGGAGGCCAGGAACAUGCUCCUCCAGAACCCUCAGCUGGCUUAUGCCCUGCUGCAGGCUCAGGUGGUCAUGAGGAUCGUGGACCCUGAAAUUGCUCUGAAAAUGCUCCACCGUCCGGCUGUGGUUCCACCAAUAAACCCAAGUCCUCAACCUGGAGCUGUGCCGGCACCAAACCAGCCUCUCCCUCAGCCCAAUGUUCCUGUGUCUCAGCCUCAGCCCAUGCCAGGUUUGCAUGUGAACGGAGCCCCUCAAAUGAUGCAGCCUCCACAGAUGGGUGGUGGAGUCCCCGGACCAAUGCCAGGACAGGGCCCCAUGGGACCAGCUGGUGGGAUGCAGCCUCAGAUUGGGAUUCCUCCAGGAGGCCCUGUGCCCAUGGAUAGAGGACCAGGAAACCUUCAGGACUCUCCUGUGGGAGCAGCUGGUCAGGCUGCUAUCGAGCGGUCUCAAGUGCCGAUAGUAGAUCCUCGUGCCCCAAUGCGAGGGGCCCCUCAAGGUCCCCCUGGGAUCCCACCCAGAGGCCUUCUUGGUGACGGUCCAAAUGACCCGCGAGGUGGAUCAUUGGUCAGUGUCACUGGAGAGGUGGUAGAACCAGGCCGUGGGUAUAUUGGCGGCCCACCACAGCAUCAGGGGCCCCCCAUGCACAUGGCUCCUCCAGACAUGCGAGGCCCUCAUGACAUGAGAGGAGGACCAAUGAUGGGAGAACCCAGAGGGCCAAUGAUGGAGCAGCGUGGGCCACCCAUUGAAGCGCGAGGUCGUGAUCCGAGAGCUGUUGAUGCUCGGGGGCCGAUUGCUGGACCGAGAGGUCCUGUGGCUGGAGGAAUGCAGGGUCCUCCACCCCACGGCAUGGGACCGGGCGCACCUCCACCGGCCAGACCAGGUCCUGGAUCAGACGUGUCAUCACAAGAUCAUGAGAAGGCUGCCUUGAUCAUGCAGGUCCUUCAGCUGACCCCAGAACAGAUCGCCAUGCUGCCAGCGGAGCAGAGACAGAGCAUCCUGAUCCUGAAGGAGCAGAUCCAGAAGACGGCAGGCGCACCCUGAACAUGUGUGACGCCCGCCUGUAUGCUUAAAUCGGACGCCCAUCCCCUGUUCACAGUCCUACAGCUGUAAUUUCUUUGUUGUUUUUGUUUUAUAGUGGUAUUUUCUCAUUUUCAGUUGUAUACUAAUAGUGGUUGAACAAAUAAACGACUGGACUUUGAAAUAAA